AUGAUUCGAAAAUAUUGGCUCUACGUGCCGUUGAUUCACUCAGAGCGUCUAGCAGACCAUGGAUUUGCUUCGGGACUCAUCGAGUCAAUAAGGAAAGACUAUGGUAAACGGGAUCCGUGGAGGGAUACGAAGGAGGAGGACUAUCGAGAUAUCACUUUGUUUUCUCGUAUUGCUCGGGGUGGACCUCCGUUGGAAGGAACGACUGAGGAGUUGUGGUUUUGGAUGUUUCGGAUGUUCGACGCUCAUAAACCGAUCCUCGAGAAGUUUAGGAGGUACCCGUACCGGAAUGAGACACUGGGAAGAGAGUCUACGGAGAGUGAAAAAGAGUACUUGAACGUUACAGAGGAUUUUGGGAUGCGAGGAUGA